AUGUACCUGGGCCAGGUAUCCAGUUUGGUUUACCGUUCAAAGUACUGGUCUACCUCAAGCCUUCUUCUUCCACCAGAGAUCCUCGAACACAUAAUCGACCAACUGGCCCAAUCCCCGGACGAAGGGAGCAAACGCGCCUUAUCCUCAUGGCUGCUUGUUUCUCCCACUUUUCACCAGCGAGCGCGUUAUCACGUAUUCUUCACUGUGACUAUCUCUAACACGCCCAAUACUGCAUUUUCUGCCCGUAUACGCAGCUUGCGGAGGCUCCUCGAGGACGAUGCAGCAUUCACCUCCGCCUCGCCCACGCGGAAGGGUGGUAAUCUGAUCCGGGCUAUCCAUGAAGUGGUUAUCCUAAGCAGAAAUGGGACAGAGAGCAAUAAAGUCAUCCUCGAUAAUACGGACCUCAUCGCCGUCAUGCGAAGGCUGCACACUCCUGCCUACGGGAUCGAGAGGUUUGCGCUACUCCUCGACAAUCUGUUAACGGUUGUUGCGUGGGAGGACCUCAGCCCCGAGCUCAAGCUCGCCUUUCGCAACCUUUCUAGGUCUCCUUUUCUCAAAUCGUUAACUAUCAGCCACCUCCCAAAUAUUCCUGUCAGUUUCUUUAACGGCACGUACUUGGAGAACAUUUCCGUCACGGGCGCUUUUCCUGCCACGAGCGAGCGCUUCGCCCAAUGCCUCUCGGCGUUCGAGGAUGCACCGCAGCAAGAUCCGGAGGCAUCGAUAGUCGAAUCGCCGCCCAUGCUACGGUCUUUCACGACGGACCAUACGUUCAUAUUUCCGAAAGCUUGGAUCACGAACCGGGAUGUGUACAACCUCACGACUCCCCUCUCGCCGUUUCCCCAACUGAGGGAUCUAAACAUAAUCUUGAGCCCGCUGUACUUUGCGACAUUUCUAAGGAUCACCUCGCAUGUUCUGACGGCAGCGUCCAGGUCUCUUGAGACCCUCUCAUUUCGAUUUGUCGGAAAAUUCGCGCCUCUCCUCCCAACCUCCGUCACCCCAAUUACCCUCAACACAAUGCGCAACCUAACCUCUCUUACGCUCUCCCUGACCACCAACCAAAUCGUCACGCGACGGCCAAUCACCGAGAUUGGGCUGCGACCCAUCUUGCACAUCCUUGAAUCCUCCACCUCCCCUCCCUCUCUCCGACACAUCCAAAUAACCUUAACGCUGAGUAUCCGUGACCCACGCGACAAGCUCAUCGCGCCAGACACAGAGGAAUGGGGCUCCUUCAACCAGGCGCUGUCCGAUUUCUGCUUUGCGAACCUAGAGGAGAUAAAGGUGAAUAAUAUUUACGCGUCGAAAGGAUAUGCAAGUGAGAAUGGCUACAAGAUAGCUACCUUCAGCCUCUUGACGGCCGCGUCCUUCGCACAUACAUGGUUUUAUAUGUUCAAGUAUAUGGUGUGGAGUUUCUCCAACUACGAGCAGACCCACCUCAGCAACAUAUCCCUCGAGCUUCCCCUCCGCAUCGCAUCGUGGCUGCAGGACACUUCACUCUUCGAGGAGGCGUGGUACCUCGUCUGCUUCAAUCCUCUGAACUGGUGGUGGAGUGAACAACUCUGCUUGUUCACGGUCGGCGCAUGGACGGUUUUCGUUGCUACCGAAGGUCGUCGCCACGGGAUCAAGCACCUAUGGGCAUACAUGCUCCUCGGACAAAUUGUGGCUAUCUCUGUUGCAUCGAAUCUCUUUUAUCUAGCCAUCCUUCUCUCGCCUCCACCCGGCCUCCCUCGCAGGGAUCAACACUCGACCAACACAAGUCCGACGCUCUGGCUUAACGUUUUUCUUUCCAUUGCGACUGUCGCUCUUACACCCUUCACCUCCCGAAGUACCUUCCUCUGGAAUCUCCUCGUCAUGCACGCCCUCAUCUUCCUCCCUCUCAUAUUCCGUGAAGAUGCGACCACAGAAGGCCAUCCUCCUCGUUUCGCGAUGAGUACUAAGACUAUACCGCAUCAUCCAUAUCGCCUCAGCAAUUAUACAUGCGCGGACCGUCCUGACCGCCGUCCACUACCUCAGCCAAACCGGAUCAACUGCUUCCUUACACGUACUGCAAGCUGCUUGGAAGGUCCUCCAUUCUCACCCUGCCCAGUCAUCCAUUGGUUGGGACGUCAUAUGGACAACCGCGUCGUUCGUUAUCUGGACCCUUGCACGGCCUGA